CAGCCUAUCUCUCAGCGAUAAAAUCGGAGGUGGAGACACAUGGGGAGUUUGUGAACCGGCUGAUCAGAGAAGUGGAGGCGGCAGCGCCAAGAGACAUAGCGGAGGUGGAGAGGUUCGUGAAGUGGCUAGACGGGGAGCUGGGAUCGCUCGUGGACGAGAGGGCGGUGCUCAAGCACUUCCCACGGUGGCCGGAGGGGAAGGCAGACGCACUGCGGGAGGCGGCAUUCAGCUAUAAGGAUCUGAAGAGCUUGGAAGCUGAAGUGUGUUCGUUUAGAGAGAAUCCAAAGGAGGAGACGAAUGCAAUGUUGAAGAGGGCUCAGGCCUUGCAAGACAGGUUGGAGCAGAGCGUGAGCAAUGUGGAGAGGACGAGGGAGUUCAACUGUAAGAAGUACAACAAGUUUCAAAUCCCUUGCCAGUGGAUGCUGGACUCUGGCUUGCCAGCCCAGAUGAAGCUGAGCUCAUUGAGGCUAGUGAAGGAAUGCAUGAGGAGAAUAACAAAAGAGAUACAAUUGAACGAAACCCCACAAACAGAAAACCUUUUUCUUCAAGGGGUUCGCUUUGCUUACAGGGUGCACCAGUAUGCAGGAGGUUUUGAUUCGGAGGCUAUAGUGGCUUUCGAAGGAAUGAAGCAAGUUGGGCUGCAGCUUAAUCAAAGAAAAUAGGGUUCUUUGGUGAUAAGUUAUAGUUAACAGCACUUGUAAGAAUCAACAUUGCAGCAGACCCAUUCAGAAAAGGGAUGUAAUAUGAAUGAUUGAAUGGGAAGUUCUAUACACAAUCAAUCCUAUGCUUAUU